CGCGCCUGCCGCCAUUCUUCUUACUCCUAACUACUUCGUCGUCUUCGCUUGAGCCAGGCACCCCUAAAGCUGUAACCUCUGUUUUCAAUAUACAAUGCCAUUCCAUAUGGAAAAGGAAUAAGGACAAGUGAAGAAAAGAGUGAAAAUGACACAAUAUCCAGUGGGCGGAAUGUGUCUUUACUUAAAACAAAACUUUUGGAGUUCCUAACAUUAUAUUGUAUGUCUAUGUAUAAGGGAAAUUUAUUGGGGUGCUUUGCUGGAAGCCAGGAAUUGCUUCUGUCUUAUUUUUUUUUGGUAGGUUGAGGAGACCGAGAGCAUGGAAAGCAAUAGAGAAGUAGAGAACGACCCAAAAGGAGAAAGAAAGAAACUCCACGCCCUCGCUCCAAUCGCCAACACUCUCACCAGAAAAAAACUCAGCAAACGCAAUCUCAAACUCGUUCGCCAUGCAACAAAGAUCUGGCUCUCUACCUCUAGAGGCUAUCCUCACAAAUCUGCUUCCGCCGGCUCAAUUCCAGUACCUGUGUUCCAACUGCUCUUUGUUACCGAUGGGAAAUACACAGAAAUGGAGAGUGUUACUAAAGGCGAAACCGAAAUGCCAAAAGACACCUACAGGGUUGCAUACAUAAUCCACUUCCUGCUCGGUGCAGGGAGCCUUCUGCCGUGGAACGCCGUGAUCACGGCAGUCGACUACUUCGGGUACUGUUACCCGGCCUCCCUCCACGUCGAGAAGGUGUUCUCCGUGGCGUACAUGGCCUCGUCUCUGGCAACCUUGGUGGUCAUGUUAAUGGGGUUCGGGACGAGCCACGCCGGUUUGGCGCAGAGGUUUAGGGUCAGAACGAACAUGGGAUUCUCCAUGUUUGUUCUGUCCCUCAUGCUGACUCCAGCCAUGGACUGGUGGCUGCAGGAGAAGAAGGGGCCGAGUGCUGGGAAAUGCGCCACGCCGUACCCUGCGGCGGUUUCCGCGGUGGUGAUCUGCGGUUUGGGCGACGGUCUGGUCGGAGGAGCCCUGUUUGGGUCUGCUGGGAAGCUGCCCAAGGAGUACAUGCAAGCCAUCUUUGCCGGGACGGCCUCUUCAGGAGUUUUUAUAUCCAUAUUGAGAAUCAUCACAAAAGCAUCCCUUCCGCAGACGCCUGAGGGCCUAAAAACCAGCGCACACCUCUACUUCAUCGUCAGCACCGCUAUUCUCCUCCUCUGCAUUGCCUCUUCCAACCUCCUCUACAAGCUGCCCGUGAUGAACCACCACCACCACGGGCUCGCCCCUGCAGGCGAUAAGACCCCGAGAUUCUGGGAGGUGGCACGAGCGGUCAGAUGGCCCGCCUUUGGGGUCUUCAUGAUUUACACUGUCACCUUGUCCAUCUUCCCGGGUUUCCUGGCCGAGAACAUCCGGUCCGACACCCUGAAAGAUUGGUACCCCAUCCUGCUCAUCACUCUCUACAACGUGUCGGAUUUCUUGGGGAAGUCCGCGAACGGAAUCUAUGUGGUGAAGAGCAUUGGGAAGGCCACCUGGGGCUGUGUGGGCAGGGUUUUGUUGUACCCUUUCUUUAGCCUCUGCCUCCACGGCCCCAGGUGGUUGAAAACCGAAACGCCCAUUAUAUUUCUUACCGUGAUUUUGGGAAUAACCAACGGGUACUUGACCAGUGUUCUCAUGAUCCUUUCCCCGAAAAUGGUCCCGGUCUCCGAAUCGGAGACCGCUGCCAUUGUCAUGGCUGUAUUUCUUGGAUUGGGUUUGGUUUCGGGCUCGGUUCUUGGAUGGGUUUGGAUCAUAUGAACUCGGAAUGUUUGUUUGUUUGGGUAAUCUUAGCUAGCUAGUUCAAAAAGAGAAUGUCAAACUCAAAAGUUCCGUCAAUACCUGAAAAGUUAUACUCCCUCUGUCCACCAUAGAUCUUCCCAAUAGCCCUUUUUCUUUGUCCACAAUAGAUCUUCUCAUUUCAUUUUUUAACAAGUAAAAUACCACAACUACCCCCACUUACUUUAUUUAUUACACCUCACCCACCUCAUUUAAUACACUCCACCCAUUUUUCAUUAAGGGUAUUAUGGUAAACUUUCACCUUUUUUCAACUCUCCUUAAAAAUCACCAAAAGUCAAAAUGNGUCAAUACCUGAAAAGUUAUACUCCCUCUGUCCACCAUAGAUCUUCCCAAUAGCCCUUUUUCUUUGUCCACAAUAGAUCUUCUCAUUUCAUUUUUUAACAAGUAAAAUACCACAACUACCCCCACUUACUUUAUUUAUUACACCUCACCCACCUCAUUUAAUACACUCCACCCAUUUUUCAUUAAGGGUAUUAUGGUAAACUUUCACCUUUUUUCAACUCUCCUUAAAAAUCACCAAAAGUCAAAAUGAGAACAUCUUAGGCGGACGGAGGGAGUACUAUAUAACUCGGAU